CCGGCGAUUCAUUGUAGUUUCAAAAUGGUCAAAUACCCACUGAUACUAUUUCUGAUUGGCUGUGCCGCUGCCCAGGAACCAAGGCGCGAUGGAGAGUGGCCUCCGCCGGCGAUUCUAAAACUGGCCAAGCACUUCCAUGACAUUUGUGCUCCCAAAACCGGCGUGACUGAUGAGGCCAUCAAGGAGUUCAGUGAUGGGCAAAUUCAUGAGGACGAGGCCCUCAAGUGCUAUAUGAACUGCCUCUUCCACGAGAUCGAAGUGGUCGACGACAAUGGGGAUGUCCACAUGGAGAAGCUCUUCAACGCCAUUCCGGGAGAAAAGCUGAGGAACAUUCUGAUGGAGGCUUCCAAGGGUUGCAUGCAUCCUGAGGGCGACACACUGUGCCACAAGGCCUGGUGGUUCCACCAAUGCUGGAAGAAGGCUGAUCCUGUCCACUACUUUUUGGUCUAAACUUUUUAGAAUUAAAGAUAUUUGAAGACAUAUAUUUUUGGGACUGGUGAGCUGGGCUUAAUAUUAAAAUAAAUAAAUGGUAUACGGAACUUAUUAACAUUUA